AUGGCUUGUCCGAAAUCGUUUCGAUUAUUUUCAUUUUAUAUUCUUUAUAUCAUUGAAAUGAGUCGUCCUGUUCAGCAUUACAUGUUUGAGCAUACACUGCAUUCGGAACAAUCAUCAAUGUAUCGAGAUUGCUUUCGAAUGCCAAAAGCAUAUGGAAAUUAUAAAGAACGAUAUACAGUAGAUGCUGACAACUAUAUUCAUUAUUGUAUUCGAAAUGAAAAGAGCCAAAAGAGUAAAUUGCUGAGACAAUGUGGUGUACAUGGUAAAAAACGUACAUUUAGUUCCUUAUAUGAGCAAAGUUAUGAAGAAGAUUGGUUAAUCGAAAAUGAUAUUCCAUCUGACUUAGUCGACGCUUAUGGUGAAUAUCUUAUUCUACGAAAAUCUAACUUAAACGACUCAAAAUUAAAUAGAAUGCAUAAAAAUUUUAUAUGUAUAUGUCCACCACGUAAAUAUAAGUUUAAUCGUGAAAAGUGUCUUGAUUGGCGUGAUAUUUGUGACGGUAAAUGGGAUUGCUCUAAUGGUGAAGAUGAACGACAAUGUAUUCAAUUAGAAAUGAAUUCAUGUCAGUCAGGAAUUGAAUUUCGAUGUCGAAAUGGUUUAUGUAUUCCUCGUGCAUUUCUUUUUGAUGGUGACUUUGAUUGCAUGGAUGGAAGUGAUGAACGACAUGAAUUCAAUGAUAAACGCUGUUAUGAAUUAGCACAAUUUGAUUGUGACGAACGAAUUUGUCCUUAUAAUACAUUUUCAUGUGGUGACGGUCAAUGUGUUGAUUGGGAGGACGGUAUCGUUUAUGGCAAUCUGGAAUAUUUCGUUGGCUCUGUAGAGGAAAUGCCUGGUUGUAGGAAUCAAAAGAAUUNUUCACUGAUUGAGAAAAAGCUUCUCAAUUAUAAUGAAUUAAGAAAACAGAUAGAAACCAUUCAGAUGGCUGGAACGAAUUCAAAAGGUGCAGAACUUGUUGUCGAAGCUUGGUUAAAUCCAACAUUUAAGGAAAAUUUACUGAAAGAUCCAACAAAUACCAUAAAGCAGUUUUUAAAUUUUAAUGAUUUCAGUACAAAUAUGUGUGUCGUGGAAAGUACCGAUGAUAUUCAUAAUCUGAUCGUUUGUACACUCUGUUCAUGUUAUCCACGGCAAUUACUUGGUCUUCCACCUGGCUGGUACAAAUCAAGAUCGUAUCGAACUCGUGCGCCGAGAAAUCCCCGGCAAGUGUUGAAAGAAUUCGGAACGGAAAUACCUGAACAUGUGAAAAUACAAGUUCAUGAUAGUACAGCAGAUUUACGGUAUUUAGUGCUUCCGCGUCGACCGAAAGGAACCGAAAAUUGGUCGAGAGAACAAUUAAUUCCAUUGGUCACUCGGGAUGCAAUGAUCGGAGUUUCGAAAGUCAAGCUUUAG